UCACGUGACUCGCAGUCAGCUGAUUUUCACGGGUUCCAGCGUUUGCUGUCGACCUUCAGUACAUCGUUUUUGGCCUUCUUUAUUCACGCGUCGGCUUUUUUCCUCUCUAGAACCAUGGCGAGCCAGUCACAGGGCAUUCAGCAGCUGUUACAGGCUGAAAAAAGAGCCGCGGAGAAAGUCGCCGAAGCCCGAAAACGGAAAAACCGCCGCUUGAAACAGGCCAAGGAGGAAGCUCAAGCAGAGAUCGAACAAUACCGUCUCCAGAGGGAAAAGGAGUUCAAGACCAAGGAAGCUGCGGCGCUGGGUUCCCAUGGCAACUCAGCCGUAGAGGUGGACAAAGAGACCUUGGACAAAAUGGGCCGCAUUCAGAGCAGUUACCAGCAAAACCGAGAAGCUGUCCUGAACAACCUCCUGAAGAUGGUGUGUGACAUCAAGCCUGAGAUCCACGCCAACUACCGUGUCGCUGGAUAAACCUCACAAAUCUGUCCACCAUUUGCAAAAGAAACACAGAGGCAUAAACUGCCAUUGUACAACCGUUAAGAUGUUCCAGCCAUACAUACGCAUUUAGUUACAGAUAUCACAGGUAGUUCAUCAUUUGUUUACUACAUAAAUAAAAAAAAUUCCCAGGUUUUAGUUUGUCUCCAAUUCUCGCAAAUUACAAAAGUUUUAUUGUUUCUACCUGUUGUGGUGUUCAAUGAAUUAUAUUUAUAUUUAUAUUGUUUGAUGGUGGUCCUGCAGUACUUCAGUGCAUGUCUCUGCAUCGUUAGACCUUUUAGGAUCAGUUUGGAUGUGGUACCAAUGUGGUACAUAUGUCUUGUCUGUGCAUCUAGUUAUGUUGUUUGUUGUUUAUAUUAAUUAUUAAAAACGUUGUUUUAUUUGAUUGCUGAAUAAACUGGAAAGCUACAGAACCCUGGAGUGGCUACAAAAAGAAUCUCAUGUGUGCGCGCACAUACAGUAUAACCAUCACAAAUAGACGUUCCUUAACUUUGGCAUGAAAUAAAAAAUAUUUUCUCAUAAAGACAAGUUUGACUGCAACUGAAAACUGCAAAGUAAACUGAUAUAAUUUUCCUUGUUCCCUGUUACAUUGCAUAAGCGAGGAAAGGAAAUCUUCAUAGCCACUGCUUGGUUCUGUAGGAUGUUUUUGUAUCUGUGGAACAUUUGUGACAAAGCUGUCUAGAUGAGAAAUAGAGGAGGUCAGCUCAUUUUUUCAUUUGCCUCAAUGGCUUCUUUGUCCAAAGUGUACCUGUAACAUUCCUGUGUUCGACCUGGCUGUGAAAGUACAGUAAAUGAUAAUAAAUGGUUCAGUGUGCUUA